UUCAGGGAGAUGCUCCGUUCUCCGUUGCAAGGAUGCGGGAUUGAUGGUGGAGCCGAGUGAAAGGGGAAAGUAACGGAGAGAAUGAACGAAUAGCGGAGUAGGAAUGCGGAUUAUGGUGGCCUAGAUUGAGGUGACCGUGGGCAACGCUUGAAAUAAAAGUCCGUCUGGAGUCUGCUGAUGCGGUUUACGGAUUAUUAUUUUUUGAUGAAAGGAGAAUCACCUAUAAUUUAUGCACUUUCUUGUCCUAACAGUCUCAACAUUUAUACCAUUUGGGUGUUUUGGAUCGGAGCUUUAUCUAAAAGCAUGCCACCUGCGUCUAUUAAGCUAUAGAAUUGAGUAAGAUUCCAUAUAUUUUCACAGACUGAACGGGAAGACCAGUCUGGACUGUCAUUUUAGUCUGUCGGGGAUAAAUAGCACUGACAGAGGAUGUUACAGUCAAACGCACCGGUUUCAAUGAAACGGGCAUUAUAUUGCUAUGAUAUGGAUGAUAUUUGUUCCGCAUUAGCCUACGAUUUUUGAUGAAAAACUAAUAAUUAAACGAUAAACUGAAUGGGAAACUCCCCGCGAGCACAUUAGCCUAUCUGGAAUCCUUAGCGUUUAUCACAAGAUGGAGGCACUUUGUCCUUGUUGGGGGAUAUUUCUAUGGAUGACUUUCGGCCUGUUUGUCAGUGGCAGUGUUGACACUGGCAGGACUGAACCGUACAUCUCGAGCCCUGUGGCAAUCCGUAUGCCAUUGCGACAGGUCGCUCGCGCCGAACCUCCGCCCGCCGCCCCUCAGCACCCCCCGAAGGCCGCGCGGAGGCGGAGAAGGGCUCUUGGCAUUAAUUUCGUCGAUAUGAUCGAUAACUUGCGUGGUAAAUCUGGACAGGGUUACUAUGUUGAGAUGGCAGUUGGCACACCGCCACAAAAGCUGAAUAUCCUGGUGGACACUGGCAGCAGCAACUUUGCUGUGGGAGCUGCUUCUCACCCGUUCCUACGACGAUACUACCACCGCUCACUGUCAACCUCCUACCAUGACUUGGGCAGGAGUGUGUACGUGCCCUACACCCAGGGCCGCUGGGAGGGCGAGCUGGGCACAGACCUGGUUUCCGUGCCCCACGGGCCCAACGCCACCAUGCGCGCCAACAUCGCUGCCAUCACCCAAUCAGAUCGCUUCUUCAUCAACGGCUCCAACUGGGAGGGCAUCCUGGGACUGGCGUAUGCUGAGAUAGCACGGCCUGAUGAGACCUUGGAGCCCUUCUUCGACUCCCUGGUGCGCCAAACAGCCGUGCCCAACCUGUUCUCCCUGCAGCUGUGUGGCGCUGGCUUCACCCAGAACUACAGCCUGGGCAGCGCCACCGUGGGUGGCAGCAUGAUCAUUGGAGGAGUGGACACGUCACUCUACGUAGGGGAUCUUUGGUACACACCCAUCCGGAGGGAGUGGUACUAUGAGGUCAUCAUCGUGCGCAUUGAGGUCAAUGGGCAGGACCUGAGCAUGGACUGUAAGGAGUAUAACUAUGAUAAGAGCAUCGUGGACAGUGGGACCACUAACUUACGCCUCCCCAGGAAGGUGUUCCAGGCUGCAGUGAAGGCCAUCGAGGCUGCCUCCUCUACGGAGCAGUUCCCAUCAGGGUUCUGGCUGGGGGAGCAGUUGGUGUGCUGGCAGGCUGGCACCACCCCCUGGCACAUCUUCCCUGUCAUCUCCCUCUACCUGAUGAGUGAGAACCGUAACCAGUCUUUCAGGAUCUCCAUCCUGCCCCAGCAGUACCUGCGUCCUGUGGAAGACGUGGCGUCGGCCCAGGAGGACUGCUACAAGUUUGCAGUGUCUCAGUCGAGCACGGGAACAGUGAUGGGCGCCGUCAUUAUGGAGGGCUUCUACGUUGUCUUCGACCGCCAGAGGAAACGCAUCGGCUUUGCUGUCAGCACGUGUCACGUGCACGACGAGUUCCGGACGGCGUCGGUGGAGGGGCCGUUCCACGGCUUGGACCUGGAGGACUGCGGCUACAACAUUCCCCAGACGGAUGAGUCCACGCUCAUGACCAUCGCCUACAUCAUGGCGGGCAUCUGUGCCCUCUUCAUGCUGCCGCUCUGCCUCAUGGUGUGCCAGUGGCGCUUCACCCGCUGCCUCCGUCCUCCCGGCAUGGGCGACUUUGCAGACGACAUCUCCCUGCUCAAAUGAGACGGCAGAGUCAGGGCAGAGAUUUAGGUACAGACGGGGAAGACAUUGAGGGACGUACAGGAUAUAGAGCAGAGGAAGGGGAAAAGAGUAGGAAAGAAGUGCAUCUUUGAAAGAGUUCUGAUUCCUUUAAGAGAUACGAUACGGCUAUGUACGGAUACGGAGUUUGUGAGUAGCUUGAACUGAAACCUGUAGAGCCGAGGUGGAUGUGAGAUGACCUUAGAGAGGGGGUGCAGAGGGAGAACUGGAGGUAGUAUUACAUUGUCGUACUACCUACACUGUUGUUGUUUGGGAUAUGUGCAAUGUAACAGAGGUGGUUCAGUAACUGGCAGCCUCAUGAAGAGAGGUAAAGUAUAUAGGGGGAUGGGCGGUCGAGUGAGGAGGAUUUGAAAUUCAGCAACCUCUAGUGGGAAGAGAGUGGAUAGGUUUGUCGAAAGAAGGGCAUGAUGUAAAUAAUAUACUGUGAGUAAACGAGUGUAUGUGUGACAGAGAGAAUGUGCAAUUAAAAUGUGUUUGAAAGCUAACAUGCUAUUACACAAAAAGAUGUAUUUAGUUAUGUUGUUUUACAGUGAUUCUACCAGCAAACCCAAACUGCAGUAAGUGCCACUUAAGUGAGCAUUAAGAAACAGUAUAGUCAAUAUUCCAAUAUCAGAGCCAUGGGGUGAAACUAUUGUUUGGGGGGUCAUUUCACACCUUAGUUGAUGUAUUGACUGUAAUAUAACUGAAGCCAGAUGACACUUUUCUAUGGGUUGAUAUAUGUAUGUACUGUAUAAUAAUGUUGGUGCACAAACUACUACAGUACAGACACAGAACACACAGAACACACACCUCAGACAGGUCCGAUACAACGAUGGACUCCAACCCACCAAAUAUUGAGAUGAGUCUCGACACUCACAUCAGUGUAAUCCCUCCCAUCACUCCCAGACACAGAAUCCAACCCUCUCAUCUUGAAUCAGCCUGAUGUCUCGGUCUUGUCUUCUCUCAUGGGGACGUGGGAGAAUUACGUUUCUGUAUUUGUCAUGUAUUUCUGAUCAAUUUCCUUGCCUUAUAUCAGCAGGCAGGAAUCGGAUAAUUACCAUAUUAUUACUACACCUAUGCAGCCCCCUCUGGUCUAACCUGCUAUAUCAGUGCAAAAUAGUGGUCUAAUGCAAAGACUUGGCUGCCAUGUUUUUAAUGUUGUGUAUGUUGAGGAGCUGGGGGCAGGAGAACAACCCGACCCUAUAUGCAUAUGGGGCAGCUCCCUGCUCUGUCUCGACCUGCUGUAAAUACAUGAACCAAGAAAUGUAUCAAUCCGUCUGCUCUUCUCAGACCUGACGGUGGAGUACCAAUAAAGUUAUUAAUAUAC